UAUAUUAUUUAUAUUUGUAAUCGCUUCUGCACAAUGUUCAAUUCUGCUUUAUUAUAAUUCAUUACUUGGCGUGUUCGUAUGAACUACUAACAAAAGACUCUCUUUAUUGUAAUACAAAGAGUAGCUAACAUUGGUAUUUUGUGUAUAGAACUGGUUCACAAUCAUCUUGAAAAUUUUUUUAUCUUUAUUAUUUUUCACCAUAUGGUUCGGUUAUUAGCAUAAAACUAUAAAAUAUUCUUAGUUUUUUAAGAGUAAUGUUUAUUAAAAUGGCUAUUAAAAAAUAUUUUUAAUGAAAGACAUUUUUCAAUAUUUGUUAAAAUUUUAUUAAUGGACAAAAUGAUACUAAAAUUUUAAAGAUAGAAAAUAUGACUACAAAUAUCAUAUUGCCCUAAUCUACAGAAAAUAGAAUAAAAACUGCCUAAAGAAUCUGCUGGCUUAUUAAUUUAAGUACUUAACAUACUAGAUUUGAAUAUUGAUAUUUUGUAAAUUGUUAUUAGUCAAAAAUUCUAAUAUGGUUGACCAUGCUCCUGGAACAUCUGGAUCCAUUAAUAGCUAUGAAAAUGAAGAAAUAUUAACUUGGAAGCAUCCAAUGCAUAUUUUCCAACGAAUUUUAGCAUUGAUUUUUAUGUGUUUAAUUGGAUUUGGUUCUUAUUUCUGUUAUGAUAACCCCGGAGCAUUACAAGACAACUUUUUAAAGGAUUUAAAUUUAACUACUUCUCAAUUUGUCUAUUUAUAUACUUGGUAUUCCUGGCCAAAUGUUAUUCUAUGCUUUGUGGGUGGUUUUCUUAUUGACAGAGUUUUUGGAUUACGUUUAGGAACCAUUAUUUAUGCAUUGUUGGUUGUCAUUGGGCAAGUAGUUUUUGCAAGUGGUGCAUAUUUCAAUAGAUUGUGGAUUAUGCUUCUAGGACGUCUGAUAUUUGGAAUAGGAGGUGAAUCAUUAGCAGUUGCUCAAAAUAGUUAUGCAGUUUUAUGGUUUAAAGGUAAAGAACUUAAUAUGGUGUUUGGAUUUCAAUUAAGCUUUGCAAGAGUAGGAUCAACUGUUAACUUUUUGGUGAUGGAACCAUUAUAUCAAUAUAUCAAAACUGUGUUUAAUUUUCCUGAUAAUAAGUCAAUGGCAUUUGUUUUAUUUGCAGCCAGUUUAACUUGUGUUAUUUCUCUAAUGAGCUCAUUAAUUUUGGCUUGGCAAGAUAAGAGAGCUGAAAGAUUGUUACACAGAAAGUUGCCUUCUGCUGAGGAAGUAGUAAAGAUAACAGAUGUGAAGAAUUUUAAUAAAUCAUUUUGGCUUGUAACAUUUAUUAUUGUUUGUUAUUAUACAUCUAUAUUCCCAUUUGUCGCUCUUGGAAAGGUAUUUUUUGAAAAGAAGUAUCACUUCAGUUCCGGGGAAGCUAAUAUUAUUAAUGGAAUCAUAUAUAGUUCAGGUGCAUUUCUUGCACCGUUAUUUGGUAUUAUUAUAGACAAAACUGGACGAAAUUUAUUUUGGGUAUUUAUAUCAAUCUUUGGAACAUUAGUUGCACAUUUGUUGUUAACUUUAACUUAUGUUAACCCCUAUAUUGCAAUGUUAACAAUGGGUACUUCAUACUCUAUGCUAGCUAGUGCAUUAUGGCCAUUAAUCGCUAUGGUAGUGCCUGAACGUCAAAUGGGAACAGCUUAUGGCAUAGCUCAAUCUGUUGAAAAUCUGGGACUUGGUACAGUAGCUUUACUAACUGGUAUUAUAGUUGAUGCAGAUGGUUACUUUUUGGUUGAAUUAUUUUUCUGUCUGUUAUUGAGUGUUGCAAUACUUUUGGCUUCAAUUUUAUGGUUAUCAGAUUCUUUGGGUAAAAAAGAGUUAAAUAUGAGUAUUAAAGAGAGAAAACAGUUGCAACUAAUUAAAAAUUCUGAUCCAGAAGAGCAAAAUCUACUUAAUGACGCAUUAAAUGAAGACUAAAAAGUAUAUUGCACUUUUAUUUUUUUAAAUUAUUGACUACAAUAUUUUAUUUUUUUGUGUUUAUUUUAUCAAUACUCAGUUAUAGGAAAUAAUUAUCAAAAUUGUGUUUCUAAAUUUUAGAACACACACUAAUAUAUAUACAUGUUAUUAUUAUUAUUGUGAAAAAUUAUUAUGUGUCUUGAUAAAUAAUAUCAUAAUUACUGUAUACUUGAUCAAAAAAAUAUAUAUUUAAAACUAUUUAUCUACUCUUAUAGUAUGUUUAACAUGAAUAUGUAUACAAAUAUAUGGUAAUAUUAUGAACAUAUAUGUUUAAAGGAUUUAAAAACAAUCUAUUUAGUAUAUAUAAAAAAAUCAUAAUUUAUUUUAAUUUUUAAUUUAAAUCAUUCCAUAUCAAACUGUAUAUUUUAGUUUUUAGUACGAUCAUGUGUACUAAGAUUUCAUUAUUACAUAAUAUUAUUGCACAUAUUUUUAUGUUCCUUGUAAGUUUUUUAAUUUUAGUACUUAGUUACUUCUGUAUAAUUUGUUUGUAUUUAUCUAGAUAAUUUUUAAUUUUUAUUAUUUUGAUUAUUGUGCUGUUUUUACUUGCAACCUAUUUAUUAAGUUUUAUUUAUGAUUAAAAUUUUAUUAUUAUACUGGAGAAUUGUAAUUAUUAAAUGUUAUAAAUUUGA